AUGCCAUUCGACUCAGCUGGUUCGCCAUCUCCACGGGUUCAUGACACGAACGAAAUCAAUGGUUUCCGAUAUGAUCUUGAUGAUAUAUCGGAAGCCAGAAUAUCUCCAAGAGAACAUAUCAGCACUGUUGCACUAAGAAAGAAUAGUGGGAAUGUGAGCUCGCCUCGAAAUAGGAAACAUUCUUGGGGUAAAGAUGGUGAGAACAAGGCCGUCAUGCGAAGCCAUUCGCGCUUAAUUAAAGAGCACAGCGGCAGUAAUGGCCAAACCCUGUUACGGAGACGUUCUAGUAGCCUGCAGAACAGUAUCUUGUACAUCCACCCGGAUACCUCGUCCGUCAGGCAUCUUACAACUGUCGAUGAUUCGUCUCCAAUUGCAAGCGAUGAUAGCCUUCAGUUACCAGAGGAGAGUAUUGUGCCGGCAAAGGCUAGUUACGCACCCCCACUCGUGCUACACACCUUGCGAGUAUAUAAUAACUCGCAGCACUCCUGCGGAUGGAACAAUGAAGGCGCGUGGGUUGCAGGGCUAGCAUUCGGAAAUUCACCGUUAGACCUUCAGUUUGGCACAAAUGCAGCGAUUACCUGUGCGAAUGUGAAAGACGCAACUGCUGGCUAUAUUUUAGAUACAUUCAUUCUGCCCAGUGAACCGGGGGGUGAAGAUGAUGGUGAUGAUGACAAUUGGCUAAUGUUUAUGGAGGUAAUGAACUUUAAAAGCAGUCAGGGCGAUAUUGCCAUGGCGUGGUCGCCUGACAGAGGUGGUCGCAAACGUACUGGACAGUUGAUUAUGAUACCCGACACCAGUGAGAUAUCUGAAGUCCGCGCGUAUAUUGCAAGUGAGGACACUCCUACUGAAUGGCGUUUGCAGAAGACACUUCUUCGAGGCAAAGCAUACUCAGACCCUACAGUAUUCCAUUUCGGUGGUAUGUGGUAUAUGUACACUUGGAUUCGAAAAACGAACUCUCUACAUCUUCACUCCAGUCGAUCGAUUAUCGAAGGCGAAUGGGCAGAACAUCCGUUAUCGCCCCUUCAGGAGUCACUGGUACAUCCUAUCUACAGGAGACCAGGCGGUCGUCCCGUCGCUUUCGAUGGUGUCUUGUUCCGAUUCGCGAGGGAAAGCGCCCACCGGGAAGCAGGCCAUGGCACGGCUGCCGUAUGGGCUGUGGAAAUAAGCACUCUCAAUGCCACACACUAUAAAGAGAAGCCAGUCCGACGAAUAGGACCCACUGGUGGGACUGGCUGGGCAUCCAAGCGUGUUAGCUCCGUCGAUGUACAUCGAGUUUCCAAUGGCCUCUACAUCGCGGCUGUGUCCGCAGACCAUCUGAACGCACAACCCGUCACCGCAUACUUUCUGUCAACGGUCUUGCUGUGGUUCGCGAUUCUCUCUCUGAUAUUUGCAUCGGCUUUCGUGACUACAAUCUAUAGGCGGAUAGCAGCUACGCGGAGAAAAGUCAAAAAAUACGUUAUGUCGAACGUGUAUACGCACCCCUUUGCUAUGCUGAUGUGCUUGCUGUGCAUAGCCUUUCUAGUACUGUGGCAGUUCGACUUUCUGUUGGAUUGUAGGCCUCCCUUGAACGUGGUACAGUUCACCGGUGUGGGUCCGCUGUGCAAAGACCCUCUACUAAUGUCUACCACCGAAUCUUGCGAAGAUUAUCUGGCUCUUGCCGAAUUCGACGAAUUGGAGAACUCGCCGAAGUUGUCAAAAAAGAAGCACUCUGUCCGUCAUGGAACCAGGAAAAAUAACAAUGGACAAGGGGGCGAAAUUAGUGUGGAGGAAGCGAUCGAGAUACUGGAUGACGAGGAUCAAUUACCGGAAGUGCUACCGUCGACUACGCAACUAAAUCUACACCCCUGUGAGGUCACCCUGGUUACUGCUCUAUUUGACCUGGGAAAAUACAAACCAGGACAUGAAGAACAAAUGGAAGAAAAGUUUCAAUCUCGAGGCUUCGACAAAUACCAGACAUGGUUCCUUGAUGUUCUAGCAUUGAAAACAUGUUUAGUCAUCUAUAUCGAACCAGAAACAGAGCCUCUGGUGUGGUCUCACAGGGAGGCGCACAAUACAGUGGUUCAUAUCGUUGAUGAUAUACUCCAGGGGUAUGAAAUGCUCGAUAAAAUUCAGAAGGUCCUAGACGAUGAGGAGUACAUCUCGAGCGUUAAGCGACCUGGUAGGCCCGAGAUGCAGAUGGCUGCUUAUGGGGUGACGAUGUACAAGAAGAUAGAUUAUUUGCAGGAAACAGUACUUGCCAAUCCAUUUUCAUCCGAGUUCUUCUUCUGGCUGGACGGCGGGUAUGGUCACGGUCGCCGAAUGCCAGAUUUCGAGGAUGAUGUUUGGCCAGAUCCAGAGAAAGUGAGAAAAUAUGUGUCUCCGUAUCAGGUGUUCAUCUUGCAAGCUGAUGAGCCUGACGCGAAUGACUGUGCUGAUUUGCGAUCCAAAUUUGCGAGACACAAGACUACCAUGGCUGGUGGAUUUUUCGGAGGCAAAGCUGAGCCUCUACUUGCGUUCCAUGCAAGCUUUCAUAGACAGUUAGAAAAUACACUGGAUAUGGGUAUACUCGACGACGAUCAGGCGGUUUUUUUCGCCAGCUGGUGUGAAAAGCAUUCACUUUUCCAGAUCGAGCAAUGCCCGCCCAAUGUUCUAUGUCAGAUAGCCGGCACGCAACGAUGCUUUGAUCGAUGGAACUGUGCAAUAUCAUUUUUCGCGAGUGGUGAC